AUGAUGCCCCCGCGGGGGGCGGUGGGCUCCUGCCGCCGGCGGCGCCUGGCGCCCCUCAACGAGGACAACGGGCGGUUCCUGCUGCUGGCCGCCCUCAUCGCGGCGUACCUGAGCGCCGGCGCCACCGUCUUCUCGGCCCUCGAGAGCCCGUCGGAGGCGGCGGCGCAGCUCCGCUGGAACCGGACCCUCCACAACUUCAGCCGCAUCUUCAACAUCAGCCUGCCGGAGCUGCGCGCCUUCCUGCGGAGCUACGAGGCGGCCAUGGCCGCGGGCAUCCGCGUCGACGCCCUGCGGCCCCGCUGGGACUUCCCCGGCGCCUUCUACUUCGUGGGCACCGUGGUCUCCACCAUAGGUUUUGGAAUGACCACACCAGCAACCGUGGCUGGAAAAUUAUUCCUCAUCAUUUAUGGCCUUUUUGGGUGUGCUGGGACAAUCCUCUUCUUCAACCUCUUCUUGGAGCGCAUCAUCUCCCUCCUGGCAUUUAUCAUGAGGGCGUGCUAUGAGAGACAGCUGCAGAGAAGUGGUCUCCUACCUCCCAACUUCCGAAGGGGGUCAGCUGUGUCCGGGGUGGGGAGCCUCGUGGGCUGGAAGCCGUCCGUUUACCACGUGAUGCUGAUCCUGGGAAUUUUUGCUAUUACCCUUUCCUGCUGCGCCUCCGCCAUGUACACGGCCGUGGAAGGAUGGAACUACGUUGACUCCUUGUAUUACUGCUUUGUCACCUUCAGCACCAUUGGCUUUGGAGACUUGGUAAGCAACCAAAAGGCUACGUACCAACAUCAGGGAUUGUACAGAUUCGGGAACUUCAUGUUUAUAUUGCUGGGGGUAUGUUGCAUAUACUCCCUUUUUAACGUCAUCUCAAUCGUAAUCAAACAAAUUUUGAACUGGGUGUUGAAAAAAUUCGAAUGCAGAUGUUGCCCAAAGUGCCAUAAAUCCAGUACCCGCCUCAGCCGUCGCAACGCCAUCACCCCAGGAGCGCGCCUGCGCCGCCACAACGUCGCCAUGGACGCUGACGGACAGUACGACAGUGACACCGAGGGCAGGAGGCUCUCUGGAGAGAUGAUCUCCAUGAGGGAGCUCACAGCUUCCAAUAAAGUCUCCCUGGCCAUUUUGCAGAAGCAGUUGUCCGAGACAGCCAAUGGCUACCCGAGGAAUGUCUGUAUCAAUACAAGACAGAAUGGUUUCUCUGCGGGGGUUGGGGCUCUGGCCAUCAUGAACAACCGCUUGGCAGAAACAAGUGAUUCUAGACAAAGCAGAUACCAGCAAUACCUGGACACAGACUGAAGCACAAGAAAUCAGAAGGAAGCAGGAGGAACAGAGUGAGAAAGUGAAAGCACACUGCACUAGAUUGCACUUUCUUUUCAGGUAACUUGGGAGUUGUAUUACAUUCUCGAAAUGGGUUGGUUUUUUUCAAAUUUAAUUAUAGAUAGCUUUGGAAGAAUACAGUUGAGUUAGGUUUUAAAAGUUCAGCUUCCCUGAUGCAAGUCCCUCUGCACUGCCCUGUAGAACAGCAGAAGUGACUCUUUGCUGACACAGACCAAGAUUUCCCAACUGCCUGCUGAGCCUACGGGCAGCACAGACCUGAGCCCAGACCCUGUCCCCCCAGAUUGAUCUUUUGCUGCCUGAGCCCAGGGAAGAGCAUUCAGGAGCACAGAAAGCUGCAGGAAUUAGGACUUCUCUGUGAGCUGGCCCCUAGUGAGAGCAGCAAUGGCAUGGGUAUGAGCUGCUUGGACAAAGGAGAUAUCUCCUGGCACCUGCACUAAUACCUUGCAGAUGGAAAUUAAAACUUAGGUGAAAACUAAUGAGCAACAAUGACCAAAUUCAAGUGACAUCUUCUCUUAACCCCAGAGGUCCGCACAAAACAGUCACAAGGAAUAAUUCCUUGUGAAAGCUGCAGCAUUUGGCAAGUCACUACAUUGACCUCUCAGGAUCUGUCUUCCCUGUGUCUUGGACAACGUUUGGAGCCACACCAAGAUGUCAUCUGGUUUUCAUUGGUUUCUUCCCAUCUGCAAACACAGUUCUCAUUUUGAGAGAACUGAAAUGGCUCUUGAUUUCCUUGCAGUGCAGAGGACGUCCUUCAGACCCUGUAGAUGCUCAGAGCAGUCUGUGACCUUGGCCACAGAUGCUGUGUCUGAGGGGAGAGCUGUGCUUCACCUCCCUGCAGCAGCAGCAUUGCACAGCAGUGCAUACAAAGGUUCUUUCAGGCAGUUCUUUUUUACAGGUUCUUUAGGCAGGUAUGCAAUCAGCUCUGACUGCAGCCAGAAUUACUGGUGGAAGGCAGGAAUCCCACUGGGAUUUUCGGGUGGGGAGCUCUCUGGGACUGCCCUGUGCUGUGCUCAGGUUACCCAGAAAUGGCCCUGUUGGUGUAGGCUGCUGUCCCAGCAUGGCAUCAGCCCUGGCCCUUAGUCUUUUCUUCUCCCCAGCUGUCUGGGUGAAAAUUUGAGUCUACUAUGGCCAUUUACCCAUAUUUCAGUCCUGCCGUGCUGCUGAAAGACUUUAGCAGCAGUGGAGGUCAUACAGCCAGGCAUGUGGGCUCAGUGUAAACCUGAUUGCCUGUGUGGGAUGAAUUUAUGACUAUGGAAAUUAGCUGUAGCAAUGAGACUAUUCUCACAUUUUAGCAUUUUUCUAGCCUUUAACUUGAAAAAUACUCAGUGGCAAAUCAUUGCAGCCAAUAUUCAGAGCUAAUUUCAACAAAAUUGUACUUUGCUGAUUGCUAGCCUAGCAAAUCUGUGGGUAUGGCUGCUGCUCUAAUUGGAUUACUAAUGUGCCUUUCCAAACCAAUACAUGUCUGCAGUGUUACAUUUAAAUAAUACAGUAAAUGCUGUGUUACACAAUAAAUUCAAUUAGGAAAAAUUACUACUUGACUCACACAAAAUAACUAAUGAAGGGUGCAUUGCACAUUGUACAACAAAUAUGCAAUUUCUCUUUUUUUUGUGAAUAUGUUCAUAUUUGAGCUCAAAUUAUGCUUUCAUAAAUGCUAGGAAAACUGAAGCACAACAUUGUGGAAAAUAAAAGAAAGUAUGGAAAAUUCCACUGAGAUUUGACACAAAGGCUGUGCAUGUUAGCAAAUACACAGUAAGUGGUACAUUAUGCAUUAUAAAUGCAUUGUGUAGCAAUGGCACUGAGGAAGGACUCCUUUAAUUUACCUGGCCACAGUCUGAAUGCAGCUGCCAGUAAAGACACACACCUUUUUUCUUUUUUUGUUUGCUAAAUGGGUGACAUCCACCCUUUAAUUACAGUAUCUCUUUAAACCCUCAAAAAGAAAAUGCAGUUGCCUUUACAUUUUGCAUAGGCAAAAAGAGUUCUAAGGUCAAAUCCAAACUUUCAACUCUAAGGAUCCAGAGUGGUGUAGUUUAGCUGUGAAGUGGGGCUGCAGAUCUGCAGCCUUGAAAUGUGUUGUGUUUUGUCCUUCCCUGGAAAAAAAAGAGGGGAGUAAAUACAGAUACAGUUGAUUGCAGAUUACCCAAAAAAGUCUGGCAAUUCAGCAUGAGGGGGAAAAAAAAGUGUGGGGAAAGGGAGAAGCUUAGAAGUUCUCCGGCAAAUCCAGCAGAAAACCAAAGACUCGCUCAUGUGUUUAUUCCUCGUCACACCAGGCUGUGACACUGCCACCCCCCAGGAGCUCCUGUGGCAUCGUGAGCUCAGCCACCUGGUCUGGAAUGUGGAGAGGGGUAUUUUGUGAGACACGGGGGGGAGAAAGGACCACACACAGUCACCAUCUUCAUUCAGCGCCGAUUUUAGGAAGUCAAUUGCCCAGCUUUUACUGGGAAAGCAACCGUGCUGGUCCCUUACAGUGAUGAUCAGUGUUUGGGGUUUAUCAGAGGUGCACAUUCCCCUGCCUUCAGGGCCAUGUCAUAGCCAGCCAGUGUGUCCCAGCCAGCUCCCAGCCCAGACUUGGCAUGAGGAUGUAGCUGGGUUUGAAAGUGUGUAAUAUCCCAACAUCCCAUCAUCAGCAUCCCAAGUGUUUUUGGGAUCAGACCUUCAGCAGGUGAUGCUUUUUCAAACCUGAGGAAUACAAAGAUGUCCCCAUACUCCUUUUGUACUUUGCAGACUGUGAGAGUACUUUUAAAAGCCAGUGAGUCAAUGCAAAAUUAAUGCUUUUAUAAUACCAUACUAACACAAUGUGAAAAAAUUACUAGUAUUUCUGACAAUGUGCAAAUCAAGCACGAAGUUUUCUCAAUGGGUAUAAUUUCCUAUUCCAUGCAAGUAAAAUUAUGUACAGGAAAUUUUUGCUUGUAGUAACAUCCAUGGGCUGCACAGGCAGUGCAAGAAUUCAGUUCCAGUUUUAUUGUAAAACCUCAGUAUCUGAAAGCACAACAUCCAAAAAAUGGUUUGGGGUUUGUUGCGGGGGGGGGGGCGUUGUGUGUGUAAACAUUGUUGGUUUGCAGAAAUAAAGAUGUUAUAGUUCUACAUAUACAAACCAAUUUUUAGCUCACUAGAAUACUAUGUUGGAUACACUCAACAAAAAUAUUCGUUCCAAAUUUCCAGCCAAUUAAAUGACUCGAGUUUCGAGAUAACCUGUUGAAAAGUAUUCCUGUUUAUUUUGUCUCUCUUUGAAAGGACACAGCUUGGUAGAUACCUUUAGCUGUGCAGGCAUUGCUAUCUCCUACUAGAAACCAAACCUCAGGAUUUUACUUCUGCAGAUAAUUCCCCUGGUUUUGGCAUUUGCUCAUUUCUGCAUUGAAUUCUAGAAGGAAUGACCAGUUCUGUGCUGUUUUCUGGUUGGUAUCACUUUCCUUUUUGCAUUGAUUGCAAAUAGCUGAAACCAGCAAAUGUUCCCAGACACACCAAAAUUAGUCACUUUUCUGAACAUUUUUCUUUUAAAAAUUAUUUUGUAAAAUCUAAAAUCUGAUUGUAAAUUAAAUCAUGAUUGAAAUUAGCAGACUGAAUAUUUUUUCUACCAACAGAAUUGCUUGACGUGAAUUCUAUGAAGGAUGCUAAUGAUUCCAUUUUGUGUAAAAAGACCUGCCUAUUUCAUUUGCCCUUUUUAUCUAAUUUGUUUCAAAUUCUUAAAGCCAGAAGUAUGUACAUUCCAUUUGGAAAAUGCCCUAUGCUGUACAUUUUCUCCUAUGAAUAGAGCUUGUGGAGGGAUUAAAACUGAGCCUGCCUGAUUUCUGCAAACAGAAUUGCAUGUGUAAACCUUCAAAACCUGAAUAUUUGUACCUGUUUGGCCAUUGCAAAACAAGGGCAUGCUAAUGCAAUUCCAGUUCAAGCAAAGAAACAAAUCACAGGGCUCAACUGGCUGCUGACCACUUUUAUCAAAAAGGCCACACAGCUACCAGUCGAAGGUGAUGGAUGGACUCUUGAUACCCAACAAUGUUAUUUUGGAGGAUGGUUUGGUGGCUGGGAGUUGGCCCUGGAGUGGUUAAAGCAGCUUGGCUGAGUGGAUCCAGGCAGUUCCCUUUGCUGAGCCUCAGGAGAUGUUUGCCAGUACUGAAGAAGUGAAAAAGAUAAUGGACAUAGCAUUGAGCCUCUUUUGAGAAGCAGGGCAAAGUGCUGUAGCCUGUGCUAGGCGGUUUCUGGCCACCUUUGAGCCCUUGGUUGUUCCUGAAGCUGGAGUGUUUGGGACACAGGUGCAGCUCUUGACUCAGUUUGCUCUUUGCGGUGCCUCUUGCACUGGCAAAGCAGUGAUCCCUCUCUCCUCAUAAAAGGGAUAGAGGGAUUUGUUUAGACUUUCCAUAGGAUGACAGCAUAUAUAAGUAUCACAAGAUGACUCAAUUACUGAGUCUGGCUAUAUUUGCUAAGAGAUCUUUAUCAGUAAAAACAAUGAAAAUUAUCUUAACAGUACAGUGAAUCAACAAAAGUAAGUGGUGUUCUGAACAGAAAGUAAGUGCUAAAAUAUACAAUUGGACCCCAAAGCUCAGGCAUGUGUCACAAAAUUAUCAUUCUUUUCCAAUGCUCAAUGCACCUGCGUCUUUUGGGAAAAAGCCUUGAUUUCUACCAGCACCAUGGCAUGCAAGGCUUUUAUUUUAUUCAUUUGUAAGAGAGCAGAAUGUGUCUGAGGUCAUGCCUUGGUCUGCACAGCACUCAGGGGAAGACUUGCCUCCACCCCUGAAUUUAGGCAUGCCUGUGGACCAUGGAUACUGGUCCAGCCCGCAGCAGAAAAUGGACAAAAUGUCCCUGCCUUGGGGUGUCUGUGGUUUCUGGAGGGUGGUUGAAUGUCAUGGCAAACCACAGCUGCCUCCUCCAGCCAAGCCCCUGCCAGGAUGGGAUCCAUCCCACAGCCAGCCCCUGGUCUGCAGCCAGGGAUUGUGCUGCCAGGAGAGUGGUGCAAAUCAUCAGCAAUGUGCUCUUAUCCCUGCCUUCUUAAUGGGCUAAAAACAGUGGAAAACAGAGAGAUCAUUUUCUAUUUUAAUGAUCAAAAGGGUGUUGCCCAUUAUUCACAGCCUACACACAAGAUGUUAUAAUUUUCAAUUUUCCUGCACUGAUCAUUCAGUCCAUUUGGCAGGCUGACCUUCAAGUGGUCAUGGCUUUUCAAAAAAAGGAGGAAAAAACCCCAAACAGAAAACUCAAAACACCCAUUAUCAGCAUUUCAGACAAGCAAAAUAAUCGUGAGUGAGGUGGUAAGGACCUCACAUGCAAAAGCUGUGAGCAGAGCUGCCUCUGUUUGCAGCAGCUAGAUGUUUUCCUGGCAGUGGGAGAAGUUUGGGUUCAGGAGAGCAUCUGCUGGAUGUUUGGGGUGCUGGACGCUGCCCUGCAGACAGCUGCAGCACCAAAAUGGCACUUUGGGAACAAAUUUCUGCAGCUGUUUCUGCACUGUCAGGGACAUUUCACAUCCCUGCUGCUGAAAUCAGAGGAUGGCAGCAAGUGUUACACAAGCAAUUUACUGUCAGUGGUACAUAUGGGUAUUAGCCAGGGACAUUUUUAACUACCAAGAGAAAUUUCAGGUGUGUGUUGGUCGUUAAAAAGGACAUUUUGCCAUCCAGAAACAGCUGCAGCAGGUCCCAGUGCCUGACAUCACUCAACAUAAUCCCAAAGAGUGGAAGAGGGACACAGAGAUUACCUAAAGAAGCCAAAAGAGAUGGUAGGGUCUAAGAAGCAAGUGUUCCUGUGGCUUGAAUCUGGAGUAAUUUGAUUGAAUUGCAGGUAGUAAAUAGCCUAAUUAAAUAGAUGUAAUGACUUCAAUGCCUGCAGAAGUUAAAAAGAGAUGCAUGUAUUUUUCCAUCACAAUUUUGGUUGUGUUAACCAAGUUUAGAGGUGAAAUGAAGAAACAUAAUUUCCUGAAAAUUGUUUAUUGGAAUACAUUGAUUUUUUACUCUCUUUCAGAUAAUGCGUCCUUGCAAAACAUUAAACUGGAAUAAAUUUCAAGUUUGAAAUCUGUUUAAACAAGUGGCAGUUUUAAAAAUGCUUUUUAAAAAUCCUGGGUUGACAGGAACUUAGCCUCCAACUCAUACCAUAAUUGUGAGUGCUCUUAAUGAAUCAGCCCCACUUUUGCUGUCAGCUCAGGAUUUUCCCACUGUAAGAUCUUUGAAUGAAGAGAACUAAAAGCCAUAUACAAAGCCAAUCAAACAUGGAUCAUGUUUCUACUGGUUCGUUAUAUACAGUUUGCAAACAAAACUGGGUAUUUUGGGCUUGGUGCUUUGGGCUUUGUUCACAGGAACAUGGUUAUGGAUCCAGAAGGCAGAGACAGCUGAGGUGCAGCUGCUUUUCAGAGCGGUGCAGAGGCACUGGCAAAGGAUGUGUAGAGCUGGUGGUUAAAGAGACUGUGGAAGAACCCACUGGUGGUGUCCAGGGAAUAUUCCUGUGUGUUUUUAAUGCCAUGAAACAUGAUCAAGUAUGAAUUCUCUACAUCUGGGAGGAUGUCAAAUUCCAGGUGACGUUUGGAAUGUUGCAAUUAAGCUACUACAAAGACUUUUGAAAUAAACAGGAGAAAAAACGUUGUCUGGGA